CAGGAUCUCUGCCCAGACCUCUCUCAUUUCCAGAGGGCUAUCGAAGCUGACCAGGAGCCACUGGAGAACUGGAUAUGAUGGUCCAUGGCCAGAAAGGGUUCAAGUUCCAGAACUGGGCAAAGACCUAUGGCUGCUACCCUGAGAUGUACUUUCAGCCCACAUGUGUGGAGGAGGUCCGACAGGUAUUGGACCUAGCCAGGCAACAAAACAAACGUGUGAAGGCAGUUGGGGGAGGCCAUUCACCCUCAGAUAUUGCCUGUACUGAUGGUUUCAUGAUCCACAUGGGAAAGAUGAACCGGAUCCUCAAGGUAGACAAGGAGAAACGUCAGGUCACAGUGGAAGCUGGCAUCCUCCUAAUGGACCUGAACAUGGAGUUGAGCAAGCAUGACCUGGCACUUUCCAACUUGGGAGCCGUGUCAGACGUCACUGCUGCUGGUAUAAUUGGGACAGGGACGCACAACACCGGGAUCAAGCAUGGCAUUUUGGCCACUCAGGUGGUGGCAUUAAGUCUGCUGACUGCAGGAGGAACGAUAAUUGAGUGCUCCGAGACCAACAACGAGGAUUUGUUCAAGGCUUCCCAAGUCCAUCUGGGCUGUCUUGGUAUUAUUCUCACUGUCACCUUCCAGUGUGUGCCCAAGUUCCAUUUGCAAGAGAUUUCCUUUCCUUCUACCAUUAAAGAGGUUCUGGACAAUUUAGACAGCCAUCUCAAGAAAUCAGAAUAUUUUCGCUUCCUUUGGUUUCCCCACAGUGAAAAUGUCAGUGUCAUCUACCAAGAUCACACCAACAAGCCCCCCACCUCGGCCCCCAGCUGGUUUUGGAACUAUGCCAUUGGAUUCUACUUGCUGGAGUUCCUGCUCUGGGUCAGCACCUUCCUGCCCUGCCUUGUGCACUGGAUCAAUCGGUUUUUCUUCUGGCUUCUAUACACCAGUAAGGUGGAGAACAGAGACAUCAGCUAUAAGAUUUUCAGCUUUGAGUGUCGCUUCAAGCAGUAUGUCCAAGACUGGGCCAUUCCCAUUGAAAAGACGGCAGAAGCCUUGAUGGAGCUAAAGGCGAUGAUGGAGAGCAAUCCCAAUGUGGUGGCCCAUUUCCCCGUGGAGGUGCGAUUUGUGAAGGGAGACAACAUCCUGCUGAGUCCAUGUUUCCAGAAGGAUAGCUGCUACGUGAACAUCAUUAUAUACAGGCCCUAUGGAAAGGAUGUUCCCCGCCUGGACUACUGGCUGGGCUACGAGCGCAUCAUGAAGAAGGUUGGAGGGAGGCCCCACUGGGCCAAGGCACACACCUGUACCCGGAAAGACUUUGAGAAGAUGUACCCAGCCUUUCAGAAAUUCUGUGCUAUCAGGGAAAAAUUAGACCCCACUGGAAUGUUCCUCAAUGCAUCCUUGGAGAAAGUGUUUUACUAAGAAAAAGGGGGAAAUGUAAAAUAAGGGUGGCUUCUUACUCUAUGAUACCCCAAACUUUCCACUCCUACCACCUCCUACUCUCCCUAAUAUAGCACAAGACUAGACCAAAUCUCAGAUUCCUAUAACUUCAGAUAUUAUCACUUCU